UAAGAAGCUGGGAUUUGCCCUCGCAGGUCACUUGCAGAAUUUUGCAAGUCAAAGAGAACUCCGAAGCCCCUCCAUUUCCCAAAGAAACAUCGCGAUUCAGGCAGCUUUUCCCCCUCUAUCCAAGCCUUUCUGACAACAAGUUGUCUGCCGUUUCCCUCAGGACUGUGUGUGCAAAAGGCGGGGAGAUUCUCGGAACUAUGGCGGGCGACUCCAGGAGUUGUUGCUCGGGCGAGUGUGCGACUGUGCCCGACGGAGAAUCCACACAGCUCCGGUUACUGGACUACGAUCAGGUUCGCAAGCUGGAUCAGGUCCUGAACGAUGUCGUCCCGAUCCACGGGCGAGGCAACUUCCCAACCCUGGAGAUCUGCCUGAAGUCGCUUGUCCAAGUCGUGAGAAAAAGGCUUGAGGAAGAAGGUAUCCCUCUUCGCGAUGUGCGACUAAACGGUUCCACGGCGAGCUACAUUCUGUCGGAGGAGUCGGCCUUCUGUUACAACGAUCUGGAUCUGAUUUUCGGCGUGUCUCUGGAUUCCGCCGGUGAUCUGCAGAGAAUCAAGGAGAUGGUGUUGGACUGCUUGCUGGACUUCCUUCCGUGCGACGUUCGCAAAGAGAGGAUCUCACCCCUAACUCUCAAAGACGCGUACGUCCAGAAACUGGUCAAGAUCGCCAACGACAACGAUCGCUGGUCCCUGAUCAGCCUCACCAACAACAGCGGGCGCAACGUCGAGCUCAAGUUCGUGGACAGGAUGCGGCGGCAGUUCGAGUUCAGCGUCGACUCCUUCCAGAUCGUCCUCGACUCCCUCCUCUCCUUCUACGAACACUCUGAAGUGGCGAUGACCCAGCAUUUCUACCCCUCGGUGAUCGCGGAGAGCGUGUACGGCGACUUCUCCCUGGCGCUCUUCCACCUCCACAACCGGCUGAUUGCCACCAGGAAUCCUGAAGAGAUCCGCGGGGGAGGGUUGCUCAAGUACUGCAACCUGCUGGUCCGCGAGUACAACCCGGCCUGCCACUCAGAGAUCAAGUCCCUCGAGAGGUACAUGUGCUCCAGGUUCUUCAUAGACUUCUCGGACAUUGUUCAGCAGCAGCAGAAGCUGGAGAAGUAUCUCAACAACCACUUCGUCGGGGACGAGGAGGCCAAGUACAGAUACCUGGUGACGCUGCGAAGAGUGAUUCAGGAGAGCACGGUGUGCCUGAUGUCUCACGAGCGACGUCAGACCUUGAGACUGAUAGACUGCAUGGCCUACAACAUCUACUGCGGUUUGCAGCACCGAAGCCAGGCCAUGAACUCGAGCGGACCGCCCUCUCCCAACGGUGUGUUGUACCCCGGACAGGGGUACUUCUACGAUGGCAACACCAGCAGUUUCUUCAUCACCAAUGCCUAUCCGACCUGGAUAUCCUGCCAGUAAAAACACAAGUGGGGGCUCCCACCGGACAGGCAAGCAGGGUGUGGAAAGAAAGAAAGACAUAAAACAUGACUUUAAAAAACUCGAGAGACAAAAAAAUGACAAUGAUUCCAAGUGCAACAAAAAAGAGAAGAAAAAGACAAACAAAAGUGAGAAGAGAGAUUCAGUUGAACAGUGAUUGUAUGACGUGAAAGAAAAGAAACGGUGCUUACGUGAAAACUGAAGUGAUCUUGAAAAGCCUGUUUAAUACGUUCGCAGACGAAAUACCGGCCAGGGCAGUACACAGGAUUCGGAUUUGACCCACUACUUUUCUAGCGGAUGUGAACAGGACGCUAAAAAUAGUCGUCAGACCACAACCUUUGAACUGGUUUGUUGACCAAGGCCGAUGCUGAAAUUCUGUGCGGACAGGCAGGCAGGUUCCUCAUUGGUUAAAAAGGUGAGCAGCGUGAGGCAAACAACUCUGGUACUUUGAACCGUGUAUGUUUGAUUACGUACUACUUAUGCCUAACCAGUGUGUAACAUGUAAACGUUGUUGUGCAAAGAUACCAGCAAGGGGGCAGCUAUAGUAUCACUACCAGUGCAGGCCAAAUCAUGGACCAAAGAUUAUUUUUGUGAAUGUCCUGUAUUUUUGUGGAGGCAUAAAGAGUAAGACAAGACUGUAUUAUAUGUAAGGGUUAAAAAGGGAGUGAAAUGUGUGGCAGUGACCCUAGAAACUGGUGAGGCCACAUAAAAGUACUGUUCAGAGAAAUUCCUUGAACCUAUCUGAGACAUCUGUAACCAUGGUUACAGAGGAGUGUUGUUAAGUGCGGCAAUCUUGCAACUCGGUGAAGAUCUUUCGAUUCCUCGGCUUCAAAAUUCACUCUGAGGGAAAAUAAAGGAAAUGGAGAAAUUGUUUCAAAAGGGCGGCCGGGAAUCUGUUGCUAAGGUUGCCCACUGGCAUAUUCAUGUUACUAGGUUACAUGGACAGGGAUCAUGGGGUUUGGUCUACAAAGGGGAACGUGUGUAUAAACGCAAAUUACUAGUUCUGACACUUAACAAAAGAUAACAAGAAGACGUGAAGCACACUUAAGGAUCUUGUUCUUGUUCCAUCGGGAACGGAACACCAACAAACAUUCUGUUAGUUUAUGCAAGAUAGGAAACAAAACAAAAAACCUACCAGUCACUGAGAAAGUCUUCUUCAGAUGCCUGGUGUAAAAACACGUCAUCGAGGCUUGUACUCCUAUUUUUGUGCACAGAAAUUACAAAUAAAAGGAAGUUGCAGAAAUUUUUGCUAUGGUCACUUUGACCGUGAAUGUACAAAUUCAUGUAUAACUUAACCCAGGGCUGGAUAUGUACAGAAGCUGUUUGUAUAUUGUAAUAGCUUGUCAAUGAAGCAGUCCAGUGUUGCAGCAAGUAUCACAAAUAAUAGAUUAAGACUUAUAGACGUGUAGCAUAUAAUUUGGGAGAGUCAGGUUUCAACUUGUAGAAGUUUACCCAAAAUCACAUUGUUGAUACGAAGUGUUUUUUUCCUUCCCUACAUAACAAUUUGUUGUGCAUUUAGGGCUGAGUUGUAUCAUACUGUGAAAACUACAUAUGUGCAUGUGGUAGUAGAAAUGUUAAACUGAUCCGAUCGAAAGACACAACUUUGUUUUGAUCCAAAAACAUUUACUUUUCCGUUUAUUUUCUUUCUGCGAUAACCCCCAUCAUGGCACAUAGUGCAAGAUAAAGACAAAAUACAGAAAUUAUGUACAAAGAAUACCAAAGACUGACAGAGCUUUAUAAGGAAAAAACUUGUAUUUUAUGACGGCGAAAUAAUAAAUUAUUUUCCAGGUAUUGGA